UCCAACCAAUAUGCACUUAAAGAAUGUGGCCGUCCUUCAAUUUUCAGACAAUGACUUCAUAGUUGAUUCGAAACUACAGAGCUUCAUCAAGACGGCAAAUAAAUUGAAAGUUCUUUCUCUUAAAAGUUGUAAAAGAAUAACUAGAACACUAGACUUCUCCAGAUGCCUGAAUUUAGAGAGGCUUGCUUUCGAAGAUUGUUCCAAUUUGGAGAAAAUUGACGUCUCUAUUGGGAAGUUGAAGCAUCUGAUUGGCUUGAAGAUUUUUCUUUGCCAUUGUCUUCAAAAUUUGCCUGAAGAAAUUGGGGACCUAAUGAAUUUGGAGCACUUCAUUGUACAACAAUGUCAUAAAGUGAAGAAACUCCCAGAUUCCAUAUGGAAGUUGAAGUCAUUAUGUGAGUUGCACUUUUCAACCGAUCCUACUCUUGAUUCAGAAAAACUAUGGGAGUUACCUAGUGCUAUUGAAAAGCUUCAAAAUUUGGAAACACUUCAAGUCAAUAGUCCCUAUUUAAAAGGUCAACUUUUUCCCGAAAUCGGAAGAUUGCACUGCCUAAAAAUUCUAAAUAUAUCACGUACUAGGGUUAGUGAAGUUCCAGAGACCAUUAGCAUGCUUCCUUGCUUGCAAAGAUUGGAAUUGCUGGCUUGUCAUCAAAAUCAAAAGUUGCCGACGCUCCCAAUUAGUUUAACCCACCUACAAUUUGAAUCCGCAUUGUUGCGAGUAAUCCCAGAUCUCUCAAACUUGACUAAUUUGGUUGAGCUGUAUCUAGAUGAUGGAGGAGAAAGAGGUAAACAUUGUACUGGUGGGUUUUCGUGGAUUGAGAGGUUAUCCAAGCUGACUAAAUUGAGCUUGAGACUUAACCAUGUUAGAUCUGCCAUUCAUAUGGAAACUUUUCCGCAACUUCCCUCAUCUCUACAAAAUCUAGGUCUCAGUGAUAUUCGUCUAAUCGAGUCACUAUGUCCGAACAUGAGAAAUCUGUUACAUCUAGAUCUCUCUAGAAUUCAGAGGCAGGUAUUUGAAUUCGAUGGGCUUCAACUUCCACAUUUGAGGGAGUUGUCAGUGCAAGAGUGUUUCACCCUCAAGAGACUUAGGCUAUCAAGCAUGAGGAAGCUAAAAGGCGUCCGGGUGAGCCUUUGCUCUUCGCUAGAUCGGAUCCAAUUUCCUUGGGUGUUCGAUUCACUGGAGGCAUUGUCUAUUGGAGGUUGCAAAUCCUUGAAAUGGAUAGUUUAUGUGAAGGAAACUGGACAGGAUAAUAGUGAAUAUGCUAAUGAGAUGAUUACUUCCGAAGCGAGAGUAAUCCUUCCAUCAAGAGCCUUGAAUAAGUUGCAAAGUUUCAUGCUGUCGAAUUGCCGGCAAAUACACGAGAUUCAAAUUGUUGGUACGUUUGAAGUGUUGGAAUGCUUCGAGGUUCAUGAUUGUUCUUCACUGGAAAGUCUUGGUGGUUUGUCAAACUCAAAGAACCUUCAGCAUUUAUGCAUCGGCGAAAACAAUGCGCUCCGGGAUAUCGAAGGCCUCAAGUGCGGAUCCUCGGAAAGUUUGAUUGAUGUAUUGAGCACCAAAUUGCCAAUUCAUUGCCACAUAAAAAUCUUUGGCGGCACGAAGAUCUUCGAGGGCACCCUCGAGUCCUGCAAGCACCAGGUACAGAAGCAGAGGAGGAGGCUGAGCUUCAACAGUUUUCUCCACUGCAUCCUCCCCUGUUUUUUCCGGCUCGAUUAAGAAGCCGCCUCAAACUGGAAUUAGAGCAGAGGAGAAGGCUGGGGAGAGUGUCGUUCCAAUGCGAGAAGUUCAGCAGAUUGUGAUGUCAAUGGCUGGUUAAGAUGGCAAGCUGGCCGGAACCAGAGAGGUCUCUCUCUGAAAGAAGCUAAAGAGAACGCUGGCCAUCAAGUCAGAAUGAAGUUGGCUGAAAGCAGAGGUAGAGAGUGCAGAAACACUCGAAAUGCAAUGGAGGGUAUACUUGUCCAUUUUAGUGAUUAAUGCCAAUGGCGUAUAUCAAAGCAAA